UUGCAACAACGAAACAACGAGCAAUAAUAUAAUCCGUUCUCAGUCAACAAAAGUCCUUAUCAAUUGUAUUACUCUCCAUAUAGAGAUAGAUUCAUUCAUCUUCGACAAGAAGAAACAUUCAAUUCUGCGUAUGGAGAGAAGUGGAAGAAAAAUGGGAUCUAUGAAGAUCUGUUUGAUCCUAGGGUUUCUAUUAAGUUUUGUUAGUCAUAUUUCUUCUCUAUCCGUAACUGUCAAUGAUAUGGAAUGUGUUUAUGAAUAUGUUCUUUACGAAGGUGAUACUGUUUCUGGUAAUUUUGUUGUUGUUGAUCACGAUAUCUUCUGGAGCUCUGAUCACCCUGGCAUCGAUUUUACGGUAACAUCUCCUGGAGGCAAUGUAGUUAAUUCUUUGAAAGGAACAUCAGGGGACAAGUUUGAAUUUAAGGCUCCACGAGCGGGAAUGUAUAAAUUCUGCUUCCACAAUCCUUAUUCAACUCCAGAGACUGUAUCUUUCUACAUCCAUGUUGGUCAUAUCCCCAAUGAGCAUGACCUUGCAAAAGAUGAACAUCUGGACCCAAUAAAUGUCAAGAUUGCCGAGUUGAGAGAGGCUUUGGAGUCUGUCACAGCAGAGCAGAAGUACCUAAAAGCGCGUGAUUCCAGGCAUCGCCACACAAACGAGAGCACAAGAAGGCGUGUGGUUUUCUACACAAUCUUAGAGUACUUGGUAUUGUGUUUGGCCAGUGGCCUUCAAGUGAUGUUCAUCCGCCGCCUGUUCAGCAAGUCAGUUGCGUACAACAGGGUCUGAGUUUAUCUUUUUCUUUUUCCUUUCUAUAAUUCAUCUGACUUUCUACUCCAUCCUUAAUUGUGUUCACAAUCUUGUUUUUGUUUUAGUUGCUGACUGGUGGGUCAAUAUAUGUAGAAUUUUCAUAUUUGAGUAAAAGAAGAAAAGAAACUUUUCUUAGUUUCAAUAAGACAUGGUUUAUUAGUUACUUUCUUGAAUGGCUUCUGUAAUGUUACACUUAACGUACUGUGGUGAAUUGUCCUUUAAGUGCU